AUGAUGGCUGAUGAAAGUGCCUUGCUGCUCUCUCUGGUGGAGGAAUUUGUCUCGGGGCUGCAGGACAGCAAGGCCAAAGAUACAGCAACAGCUGUCAAAGAUGGGCAGUUUACAGUACUGCAGCUGGUGGAAGCACUGGGGCUGAGUCUGACUAGUUCUCAGCCUCACACUCGAGCAAGAGGAGUCCAGCUGCUCUCAGAGGUUUUACACGAGUGCUAUGGAGAUCUUACAGAGAGAGAAGUGGAAGUGCUCAUCUCUUUCUAUGAAAACCGUCUUAAGGACCAUUACGUCAUCACACCGCCUGUCUUACAGGGGCUCCGAGCGCUGACUAAAUGUAAUGCCUUGCCUCCUGGCUCGGCUGUUUCCAUGCUGAGGUCUUUGUUCCAGGACGUUCAUGUGCAGUCACUGAUGCUAACAGAGAGAGGGUGCGUCUACAACAUGCUCAUCAACCUCAUGGACACCAGAGAGGCCGAGCUGAAGGGCCUUGGUGCAGACUUUGUGUUUGGGUUUGUCCAGUCAAUGGACGGGGAGAGAGAUCCUCGCAACCUCCUGUUAGCCUUCCAAAUCGCCAAGAACAUCAUCCACAGAGGUUACGAUCUAGGUAAAUUCACAGAGGAGCUGUUCGAAGUGACGUCCUGCUAUUUCCCCAUCGACUUCACCCCCCCUCCCAACGACCCCCACGGCAUCACCAGAGACCAACUCAUCCUGAUGCUGAGAGCCGUUCUCACCGGGACACCAAAAUUCGCAGAGUUCCUGCUGCCGCUCAUCAUUGAGAAGCUGGACUCAGACGUGCAGAGCGCAAAGCAGGACUCACUGCAGACACUGGCUGCUUGUGUGUCACAAUAUGAACAUAAAGACUUGGCAGAGUUCCUGGAAGGACUGUGGACGUCGCUGCGCAGAGAGGUGUUUCAAACAUCCAGCGAGAAGAUCGAGUCUGCAGGCCUCGCUGCUCUCACCGCGCUCACUUCCUGUCUGUCUCGCUCGGUUCUCAACUCCGACUCUGACGACUCCCUCAACACCUUCCUGGAUCUCGUGCUCAAAGACUGCAAACAUCACCUGUGUGAGCCGGACCUGAAGCUGGUGUGGCCCAGCGCCAAGCUGCUGCAGGCCGCCUGCAGCGCCUCCAACAGGGCGAGCCACAUCAUUACAGCCGCUGUCAUGCCCACACUCAUCGAGCAGUACAACAACAGAGCUGAGUGUUCACACAGACGGACGUUACUGGAGGUGGUGCAGAGAUUCAUCCUCUCAGUAAAAAGCAGCCAGUCCUCAGAGAGCGAGGAGAGCGUGCUUUCAGCUUUCCGUCCGUCUCUGUGCAGCAUGGUGUUCUCAGCUCUGUCGGAGAGUAACGCCAAUCUGCAGAUCACAGCCACGUCGGCGCUCACCUCACUAUCACAGCAAACAGGUUUGCUGUUGGACUCCGACAUCGAGCUGGCUGUAGAUCACCUGACUGGACUGCUGCUGAAAGAGGACGAUAACAGCGUCAGUGCUGCUGUGGUUGAGUGUGCUGGAGCCUUAGCACAGCUGCACCCAACAGCAUUCAUCACUAAACUGAUCCCAGAAUUAAAGAAGCAGAUGUUUUCUGAACCCAUGGAGCAAGACAGAGAAGCGUCCGAGCAGCAGUCCCAUCAUGCAAUGCGUCAGCGCUGUUUGUCCGCGCUAGCUGCGGUGUCCACCCAACCCAGUGUGGUCCAGGAGAGCACACCUGUCCUCCUGGAGGUCCUCAGUUCAGCACACACAGGUAGCGUUAGUUUCUCGGUGGAGGAGGUGGUGUUGGCGUGCUGCAGCCUCCAGAGGAUAGCAGAGCAGGUCAAGGACACAGAGGAGACGGGACGAUGCUUCCACGACGUCAUCAUCCCGCGCUUGCUGUCUCUAGCGCUCCAGGCGGCGCUGCAGGGUGAUGGGUCACCUGGUCGUCGUAGUCCUCUGGUGGAGGAGGCGGUCCUGUCUGCCAUGGUCCGUGUCAUCAGCACUUCCUGCUCCAGGCUGCAGCCCACGAUGGCAGGUCAGACGACAUCAAAGGCCGUGUCUCUCUUUCUGGAUGGUGACGUCUCCUUUUUGCCCGACAACUCCUUCCCUUCAAACAUUCAGCUGCUCAAGAAGCAGCAGGGAGACUCAUGGAGCCAGUCUCAAAUGGUUUGUCUUCUGAUGGGCUGCGUGUGUUCGUUGCCUCGCAGCGUGGAGGUGCCGCAGAUAGACCGCCUGCUGUCAGAGCUGGAGGAGAUGAGCUACACCUGCAGCCACCCACUGUCAUACACCUCCGCCGCCAAGUGUUUUGCUGGCCUGGUCAACAAAAGACCACAGGGUGAUUCUCUCGACAGUCUGAUUCAGAGGACAAUGAAGAGAAUAUGCAGUGAGUUGGAUUCUACGUCUUCGUCUGUGCGCUACCAAGCGUUCACCCUCAUGAUCUGGGUUGCCAAAGCUCUGCUCCUCAGAUACCACCCGCUGUUCACAGCACUGACUGACAAGCUCUUCUCUCUGCUUGACGAUGCUGAUCUGGGUCCCAUGGCAGCAGACAGCUUCUCGCUGCUGAUGAGCGACUCCGCUGACAUCUUGAACCGUGGUUGCCACGCCGACACACGCAUCAUGUACCGCCAGCGCUUCUUCAGCGAGAAUUCAGCCAAGUUGGUUCAGGGCUUCAACGCAGCUCCUCAAGAAAAGAAGCCCAACUACCUGAAAGCUCUGUCCAACAUAGUCAAUAAACUGCCCAAGCAAGUUCAAGUCACUGAACUACCAGCGCUCCUGUCACUGCUGCUGGAGGCGCUGUCAUGUCCUGACCAGGGCGUCCAGCUGUCCACCCUGUCCUGUCUGGAGCCCGUCCUCAUAGACCCGCCACCAGCACUCAUCCAGCAGCUGGAGGCUUUGGUCAGCAGGCUGCUGGCCCUCACCUCUAGUCCAGCCAUGGAUGUCAGGAUCGUUUCACUGCGGUGCAUCCACGCCCUCUCCCGCUUCCCUGUACACGAGAUCUUGCCGUUUCGGGCGCGGGUUUUGCGAGCUUUGGCCCGACCUCUGGAUGACAAGAAGAGGAUGGUGAGAAGCGAGGCGGUUCAGGCACGAGGAGAGUGGUUCCUCAUAGGAAGUCCUGGUGGAAGGUGAUUUUUUUUUUUUGGCAACUGAAACACAACCCGAAGUCUCCUUUUUUCCAACAUCCCCCCCAACAUGAAAGAAUAAAGGGAGAAGAGUCACAAAGACAAAUUGGAAACUCACACCAGGAGCAGGUUACCCAGUAUCAAAGCAUUGCAGUCCUCACAGCAGCUUCCCCCUCUUCUCUGUGGAUUGUUCAGCACCCCUUCCCCUCUUUCCCGCUCACUCACAAUUCCUCCAUCGUCUGUCUUCUUUCCCCCCUCUACUUACUGAAAUGUUUUUGUUGUUGACUACAUGUAUAUUCAUGAACGCACAAAUAUGAGCAUCUGGACUGACUGUGGAGCGUUGUCUAAGUUAAAGAUAUGAAAACGACCAGUUUGUUGAAAUGUAACACGCCUCAUGUUCAGUAUGUUUUUUUUUUUUCUUGCUACGUAUCGGAGAAAGUGUCAUACAGAUUUUGGUUGUUCAGUUUCACCAGAGCCUCAAAUUUCAUCUUCAGAUUUUAUACUAAAAUUCUUUCAUGAUCACGAUGACAUGAUGGAAAGCAUUUGGGGUUUCUUGAUAAAUAACAAGGUAUAAUAAUUUGAUUUUCUAUCAUUGAAUUAAUGAAUUAAUCCAAAAAAUGUUAAAUUUCUUGCUAGAUUUUUAUCAUCUCCUUAAAGUUGAUUAGUUGUUACCUUCUAUACAAAGUGAGAGCAACAACAGUACAAACUUUGGGAUGAUCUCUUGAACUGUGGUGGCUGGAGUUCCUCUUUUCCAAACUUUUUUGACCAUUUUUUUUAGAAUGUGGCCUGCUGUAAUAAACGUCACUUCAUCUGCAUGUAAAGAUGUGGACUUAAGAGCCAAAUGAAACCUCUGAACAGCACUGAACCCAGCAGCAGCAGCAGCACUGAUGGCCUUUUUUUAAAUAUAUAAAUAUCUUCUCAUCAGGAUGAAUGUGUAACUGAGCAGUAAUGUCUGAACAGUGUCUGCUGAUGCAUUUGAUUUGUGUCACUCAGGCACAUCAGCCGGGUGGAUCGGAAUACUACCAGGGUGACAUGAAUCAAGCACUCCACAGACAUGGGUGACAUUUUAAUCUUCAUUUUACAUAAUUAAAUAACUAUGUUGAGGUUAAUGUUCAUUAACGCAUUAUGUGUAAAUUAAGUGAACAGUGUCAGACGUCUGCCUUGUAUUCACUCAAUAUUUGAACAAAUAUUGACGCUUCAUCAUAGUUAGAUUCAUUAAGGUUGGCUGACUUUGGACCUCACAUCAACUUAUGCCAAGGAAAUAGACUAUUUAAAAUGUCUAACUUAAGAUGUCAUUAAAACUUUGUAAUUAUA